AUGUUGUCUCGAGACUUGGUCCGCAUGUCGCUGAGCAGCGUGAGGGCAUUUAGCAGCACCUCUGUUGCGUGCAGCACAAAGGCCGUUAGGGCGCUAAGAGCGCAGAAGAUACGGCAAGCCAAUCAGGCCAAACAAAACAAGCUCAAGUCGUCAUUGGGGGCUGUGGACCCUGUUUUAGGGCGUAAGGACACACCUUUUGUUGUGCGUAUGCUGGCUGAGUUGCGGGAGCCGCAUGUGUUGGUAAACGACUACAAAACGGAGGAGGUGGACAAGAUGAUGGCCUCGAUCGAGGCCGCUAGACGCGAGCGGAUGCAGCUAAGCGGUAUGGAGACAUUUGCAGGCAGCAACUUUGAUGCUGCAAGCAUUGCUGCCAGGCGCGAGGCUGUCAUGCGGAUCCUGAAUAUGCGUAAUGCGGACCAGGCCACUGCGGUGAAGCGGGCGACCCGUUUGGCUAUGGAGGAAUUUCAGCGCUUUCCUGGCGACACAGGCUCCAGCGAGGUUCAGGCUGCUGUAUUAACCAUUAACAUCCAGAAAAUUGCCGCUCACGUGAAGGAUAACAAGAAGGACAACCUAAAUACCAGGAGACUUCGCAUGCUUGUACAACAAAGACAAGGUAUUUUAAGAUAUCUCAAGCGGGACAAUCCACAGCGUUACUACUGGACAAUCGAGAAGCUGGGUCUGGACGACAACGCAGUAGAGAUGGAGUUUAACAUGGACCGGAGGUACAUGCAGGAUUACAAAUUCUUCGGGGACCGGAUUCUGAUCAAGGACUCUAAAAAGGUUGCAAGUGCAAAGCGGAGAGCUAGUCGGAAGGAGCGGAAGCUUGCAGCUGCAGCAAUGCAGUGA